CUUCCCUAAAAGGCCCUCCUCCUGGUCCCAUUCCUCCCCCUGGAUUGGCUAAUUGAGAUUCUUGGCCAAUAGCUCCCCCUGUGGGAGGGACCUGAGGAAAGAGCAACUUCCUCCUUCCAUGGUCUCGUGACAGUUAGUUCCAACUGACUAGGCGGUGGCCUAGGGACCUGAGGGGAGCCUCUCCAGGCUCCCCUCUCCUCAGAAGCAGGCCGCCCUCCCAGACCCAUCCCCCCCGUCCCAUUCACCCCACCAGAUUGGCUGAUUGAGAGUUUAGACCAAUAGCUCCCUCUGUUGGAGGGGUUGAGCGAGUGUAUCUAUUGGAGCCUGUCAGCCCAAUCAUCUUCUGGAAGAGCUGCUCAUCCAUCAGGUUGCUGUCUGAAACCUCCCGGGAUCCAACUCCUCCUGCUGCCCAUGCUGCUGCCGCAGCCCCAGCAAAAGGCAACUGUGGAGACCAUCCUCAGACAUGGAGGCAAAGAAGGAUAAGAGCCCACCUGCCACGCCUCCCACCAGCCCCGUUGUCAAGAUGAAAAAGCUGCCAUUCUAUAAAACCUGUGGCGAAAUAGUAAAACCCAUGAAACUGGCAUCUAAGAGCUCUGCGGUGUCGAGGAAGAUAAAGGUGCAUUUCAUUGCCAGCCCCAAAAUCUUCAGUGAGAUCAUCAGGACCAGUGAGGCUCAACUGGUAGGCAGGAUCUUGCAGAUGCAGCUGCGGUUCUGUUUAUGGAACUGCCAAUACCCUCAAGCAGAUCAUCUUCCACUACACCUGAUUGUUAGGGUCAACCAGAAAGUAUGUUUUGUACUGUCCCUGGCUACUCCCUGUGCACCCAAGAGAGAGAAAGAGUCCAUUCAGCAUCCCAUCGACAUCACGGACCUAGUGCACCUCUCGGAUGUGGUGCCCAACGUCAUCAAGGCCACUUGGUCACUGACUGACAGGCGGGACUACGCCAUGUCCAUUUGCUGGGUGAAGCAGCUUACCACAGUCGAUUUACUGCAGGAACUGUGGGCUAAGGAUGUUUUCCCCAUAGACAAUACACUGGCCAUCAUCAAGGAAGAGAUGGAAGCACAUGUUGCUAACGAUGCCAACAUCCACAGCCUCCGCGUAUCCCUCAUGUGCCCGCUGGGCCAGAGUCGCUUGUCCGUGCCCUGCCGCGCGCCAUCCUGUUCCCACCUGCAGGUUUUCGAUGCGAUCCAGUACCUGCAGAGGAAUGAGGAGAAGGAGAUGUGGAGAUGUCCCAUUUGUAACAGGAAGACACUUUAUGAAUCUCUGGUUAUUGAUGAGUUCUUCCUUGCCGUCCUCAACACUGGCCUUUACUGCGAAGAGAUUGAGCUCCUGCCUGAUGGGUCCUGGUACCCGAUAGAGCCCUGGAGAGACCUGAGGGAUAACUAUGAUACCCUUGGUGCCAGCGGCUUCCAAGCAAGCCCUUUCCCUGAGAGCAACAAGGAGAAUCUCACCUUUGUCCAGAUAGGCAACAGCUUGGCCAACAUAGAGCUGCAGGAUCCCGCAAUGAUGAACACCAUAGAGGUGAUAAGACCUCAGCAGCUGCCGGGCCUGUUCUGGGGCCUGCCCCAGGACAGAUACCUUCAACCAUCCAGAUCCCUGCUAUCUUCCCUCCAGCCAACCUCCACAGGGAAUGUGAAUUUUCUUCCUUGCCUUAAUGUUGUUACUCAGCCCAUUGACUGGACCUUCACCACUCAGAACAGCCACAACUAUAGCCACGGCCUGCCCUGGUGCCCUCCAGGCCUAGUCCAGGCCCCAGCCCCAGGCCCACACCUCCUUUCUGGAUGGCUCCCACCCCCGCCUCCUGUUGGGAUCUAUGCCCCCUGGAGCCAGCAUCCUCCUCUGUAUGGGGUCCAGGCAGGAUGGGGAAGAGGUGUCCCGGCUUUCCAGCCACUGUUCGGCUAUCAGCUCCCCCCUGCACAGGGUCCUUGCCCCACUCCGGUCCAGGUCUUCAUGCCGAUGGGCGUCGUGGGGAACCCCGUUGGGGGGCCAUGGAGAAGGGGUGUGUUCAGGCCGCCCGUGCCUCCUACACAGGUGGCCCCAGCCCACCCGGCCCCUGCAGCUUUGUCUAUCCAGCUGGGUGGGGAGGCGCCCAACUUGGCUAGCCCUGAAUCCAAAGACGAAAAUGUGUCCUUAAAGGAAGAAAAUCAAACUCAACAACCCCCUGACCCUCCACUUGCCCCUCCUUCUCACCCUUCUCAGGUCACUGAGGAAAAGGGGCCCACCCCACAACCUCACUUACCCCAGGUUUAAGGUGUUCAUGCCCCCUUCAACCCUCAGAUGCCAUAUUUGGGGCCUGUUCUGGUAGCUGUCGUACAGGGGAGUGGGAAGAGGGAUAUGCUCUACUCCCCACUGUCCCCUCCCACGUUUCUUUGAUGCUGUUCAAAGUUGUUGGCCAGAGGCCCUGGUUAGAAUGGUAUUGGAUUUGCUUCAAAUUUUAUUGAACUUGGUUCGAGUAUAGUUGUUCUCACUUUGUUGUUGUCAAGAAAUUUUCACUGAUUAAUAAAGUAGAAAAUGUUCCAGAAA